GGACCCUCGAAAAGGCAGUCGCAGUUCCUGAUCAGUCAAUUCACUUUUACACCCCCACCUCCGACUUCCGUAUAUACCUCUCGUUGUCCUGUUUCUGUUUGUAAUCUUUCUUCAUCCAUCAUCCGUCUGCUUGCGCAUUUAUCACCACCAUGUCCUUCUCCAGUCUCGUCCAAGAUUUGUCCUUCAGGGACACUGCCUCGGAGCGCCGCCCAUUCAACCGAGCAGUUUCCACGGCUUCAACAAUCGACGACCGCCGCUCACAUAUCUCCCGAGCAAUGUCCUAUGCGAGCACGACGGCUACAAGUGUGAGCAUCUCUGGAGACAUCUCUAGUCAAUUGCAUGGCGGUUACUCUCAUCCACUCUCGCGGUCAUGGCAAGCAGAGAGACAGUUGACCAAGGUAACAACGACACUCUACCCCGCCGGAUCUGCCAAAAUUCUGACAUGUACCCCAGGCAAUGCUCAUCUAUCCCCUUUUCAUAUCCGAUCAAGAUGAUGAGGAAAUUCUCAUUCCUUCCCUCCCCGACCAAUACCGACGUGGGAUCAAUAAACUCGUCCCUUUCCUCGAACCCCUUGUACGAAAGGGUCUGCGCUCCGUGAUAUUGUUUGGUGUUCCAAUGGCACCAGGCUGCAAAGAUGCACUUGGUACCGCAGCCGAUGAUCCACAAGGUCCAGUAAUGGCCGCUAUUCGUCUCCUCCGACAAAGAUUUCCCCAACUUUACAUUGUAGCAGAUGUUUGCCUUUGCGAAUACACUUCACACGGACAUUGCGGAAUCUUACGAGACGACGGAACUCUCAACAAUCAAUUAUCCGUCGACCGAAUUUCGGAUGUUGCAAUCGCGUAUGCACAAGCAGGAGCCCAUUGCGUUGCGCCAUCCGACAUGAAUGAUGGCCGUAUCCGAGCCAUAAAACUGAAACUCAUCGAAGCUGGAAUCGCACACAAUACCACGCUUAUGUCAUACGCCGCAAAAUUUUCUGGUUGUUUGUACGGUCCUUUCCGUGAUGCAGCUGGUUCGGUUCCUUCAUUUGGCGAUCGAAAAUGUUACCAACUCCCACCAGGAGGAAGAGGUCUUGCUCGCCGUGCAAUUCAACGAGAUAUUGGUGAAGGUGCAGAUAUCAUCAUGGUCAAACCUGCUGGUCAAUACCUGGAUAUUAUUAGCGAUGCCAAAGAAAUUGGACAGAACAUGCCUAUCGCUGCUUACCAAGUAAGCGGUGAAUUUGCCAUGCUUCACGCUGGUGCCAAAGCGGGUGUUUUCGAUUUGAAAGCUAUUGCUUUUGAAUCCACCGAGGGAAUUCUGCGAGCGGGCGCUGGAAUCGUGGUCAGUUAUUUCACACCUCAAUUCUUGGACUGGCUUGAGUCAUAGAAAAUGGCAAACUUAUCUUUAUGUGUGUUUUGAUAUGGAUUAAGAAAAACCAAACCAAAAAUAUGUAUUUUGGGAAAAGAGAUGUAUGGCAUGGGUAAUGUUUACAAAGAUGGUGCACUUUCUAUUGGGGAUUUCCGGGAGUUCUUUUCCCUUUCUUUUCAUCUCGGGGGAACCGGCGUUUUUCCUCGGUGUACAGAUGUGCUUGCUUACUCGCUCAUGGGAAGGGAGAAAACAAAUAGCAUAGUUUAGGAAGAUGCAGAUGCAGAUAUUUAUACCAAGAUUUCGUAAUAAAAAAAAG